CACUGGCCUUUGCGACGACUCAGACUCUCAACUACCUUCAUCCACUGUAAAGAACACAGCAAAAAUAGUCAUGGGUCGUCUUGCAGAGAUGCAGCGAAAGCUGCUCGAGGUACGGUUUGGUUCUAUGAAAAUGAAAUAAUGCUGAUCUCCCACCGCUUUCCUGCGACAUACAUCUUUUUCCAACAUCUGGUCCACGCAACUCGAAUGUGGUAAAACGUACUGAAAAUCUCAACCUACAAACAGCAAAUGAUGGGACCGGAGGCUAUGGGUGUUGCUAAUGCCAAUCUUGUUUGGUCAGACGAAAAAGUCUGCAGAAACUUCCUGUGCGGGACGUGUCCACACAUAUUAUUCACCAACACCAAAAUGGACCUUGGAGCCUGCCCAAAAUCGCACACGGAGCGACUCAAACAAGAAUUCCUUGCUGCUAAAGAAGCCAACCCCUCCGACCCUACAUUCAACCGCUUUCAGAUGGAAUAUGAAUCAAAUAUCUUCACUUUUGUCGAUGAAUGUGACAGGCGCAUUCGGGCGGCACAUAGGAGACUGGAAAAGACACCUGAGGAGAACGCGAAAACAACAAAUUUGAUGAGAGAAAUUGCUGAGAUCGAGCUGGCCAUACAGGGUGGCACGGAGAAGAUUGGGACAUUGGGCGAACAAGGGAAAGUAGACGAAUCCAUGCGGGAAAUGGCUGCUAUUGAGGCAUUGAAAAGUGAAAAGGCAGAUAAAGAGCGAGAAUUACAGCAACUCACAGACACAUCGGGUGCCUCUGGACACCAAAAGCUUCGCGUGUGUGACGUCUGCGGUGCAUACCUAUCGGUAUUGGAUUCCGACCGUCGUUUAGCUGAUCAUUUCGGUGGAAAGAUGCACUUGGGGUAUCACGAGUUGAGGAACAUGUUGGGGAAGUUCAAAGAAGAGAGAGAGAAGCGAAAGGCAGGAGGCGGAAGCGGCAACGCAGUUGGAAAUGGGUCUUCUAACGGUGCACCGCCUACUCCUGGAGGACGCUCUGGAAAUGACUACCGUUCUAGGGAUGAGUUUCGCGAUCGCGACCGGGACAGAGGACAUGACCGCCACUCAUCCUCGCGCUAUGAUAGCGAGAGGCGGAGAGACCGCUCACGGAGUCCAAGAAGGCGAUACUAGAUACUUGAUCUCGGCCUUUCAGGACAACGGCGACUUGUAUACUUCACAUUUCCGUAAUUCACACACCUCGUACAUCGUAAUAUUCCAAUAGCUCGUUCCGAGGAAUAUGGAACAACAAACGGACCUGAAUUUCGCUUACAGUCUUUUUAUUGUUCUGCUCCUGAGAACGCAAACAUUUGAAUUCGCG